AUGUCAUCUUUGCCUGAAGAAACUGUCAUAACGAAAACAAAAAUAGAACCAGCUUUAGAUCUUCAAGAAGAAUUACCUAUUCAAUUGAUCUUUGAAGAUAAAAAAUUUAAUACUGAAGUCACACAGUACCUAACUAACACGAUAUCCAAAAGGGAAUCACUAACUAAUAACAAUUAUCAUGUAAUUUCAGUAUUUGGUUCACAAUCAAGUGGUAAGUCAACAUUGUUAAACACUUUGUUCCACACCAAUUUUGAUACAAUGGAUGCGCAAGUCAAAAGGCAACAGACCACAAAAGGUAUUUGGCUAGGUCAUUCCAAAUCUAUAAAUUGUAGUGAAAACGAUUAUUACCAUUAUUCUAAUGAUGCAAAUAAUUUAGAAAAUCCUGCUGACAUCUACGUCUUGGAUGUUGAAGGUUCAGAUGGGGCUGAGCGUGGUGAAGAUCAAGAGUUUGAACGUAAAGCUGCUUUGUUUGCGUUGGCUGUUAGUGAAGUUUUGAUCAUUAAUAUGUGGGAACAGCAAGUGGGUUUGUAUCAGGGUAAUAAUAUGGGCCUUUUAAAAACUGUUUUUGAGGUAAAUUUAUCACUAUUUGGUAAAUCGGGCACCACUUUAACCGGGGACAAGCACAAAAUUUUAUUAUUAUUUAUUAUUAGAGAUCACAUCGGUGUUACUCCGUUAGAAAGUUUGCAAGAAUCUAUAGAAAAUGAAUUGGAUAAAAUGUGGAACACUUUGUCCAAACCGGAAGGUUACGAAGAUACCACAUUUCAUGACUUCUUUGAUGUGAAAUUCAAAGGUUUGGCCCAUAAAAUUUUGCAAAAUGAUAAAUUUAUUGAGGGUGUCAAAAAUUUGGGGGACCAAGUUAUCAAUAAGCCCACUGCUUCAAAUAGCUUGUUUAAGCCAGAAUAUCACUAUAACCUACCAUUAGAAGGCUGGGCCCUGUAUUCCGAGAACUGCUGGAAUACUAUUGAAAACAGCGUAGAAUUGGAUCUACCCACACAACAGAUAUUGGUAGCAAAAUUCAAAACCAAAGAGUUUGCUGAUGCUUCAUUUAAUGAGUUUACUGUAACUUUUAACAAUGGCGAAUGGGGAUAUGACCAUGACCCCACAUCUAUUGCAGAAACAUUAUCCAACAUAAAAAACGUGGCUUUAGAAUAUUAUGACAAAUUAGCAUCAAGAUAUCAUAAACCUGUUUAUCAAGAAGAAAGAGACAUAUUAUUGACCAAUAUCAAGCAGAUUUAUGAAGAAUAUUUAACUGGUUAUACAAAUGCCAUAUCUUCUGUAUUAUUAAAUGAGUUUGACACACUGUUGCCUUUGUCUUCCAAGAAGAAGUCAUUUACAGAAAGAUCGGCUAGUGCAAAAUCACAAAUUCUUACCAAAUUUGAUGCUAAAUUACAACCGUUCCAAAAAAGUGGAUUAGUUGAGUCUGUGGACAAAUAUAUUGACACUUUUACUAAAGUACUCGAUGAAAAAAUUGAAGCUGAACGUUUGAAAGAGUUUCAAAAUUUGUUUAAGAAAUUUGAAAAAAAUAUAUCUAGAAAAAUGACAGAAAACAUUGACAUAUUAUUAUCGGAUGCCUCCCCUGAUUUCUGGGAUAAAUUAUUGACCUAUUUCACAAAAAUUAAUAAGGAUUUCAUGAUGAAUUUUGAAGUUAACCGCAGUAGCAUCGGAGAGGGUAUUACUGAUGCUGGUGCACCUGUAUACGAUUUUAACUUAGGGUUUUCCAAUACUGAAAACGAGCAAAAAUAUCAAAUGUUUUUGAAGGCAAGUUGGUCUAUAUUUAGUGACGUUAUCAAGAAAAAUCUAACAGUUGGUAAAUUACCAAGUGUUUUAGAAGGAGUUUUUGAGAAAAAAUUUUUGUAUGACGAAAAUGAUUCUCCAAAGUUUUUCACCAAUGUUUCCACAAUUGAUGCUGAGGCGGAAGAGGGGAAGGAUUAUGCAAAUAAAAUGUUAGACGUUUUUUCGAUAGCCAAAACCACUGAUGAUGAUUCAGAAAUUAUUCCACCCGUUCAAUUAGCUGAUGAUGAUGAGGAGGAGGAGGAGGAGGAGGAUGAAUACAAAAAAGAUAAUGGCCUAUUUGAAAGAAAAAGCUUUGCUCAUAUUUUGAAUGAGACUGAAAAGGAGCGUGUCAGAAUCGAGUUAAAAAAGAAAAUCCAGAUUGUCAUCUUGCAGACUAAAAGGUCUGUCCUAACUAAUUCUACCAAGAUACCACCAUGGAUUUUUGUAUUGUUAAUUAUUUUAGGAUUCAAUGAGUUCAUGAUGGUUUUACGACAUCCAUUACUAUUGACCCUUUUUAUUUUAGGUGUCUCAUUUUGGUUUUUCAUUCACAGAACCAAUUCUUAUAAAGCCUUCCGUCAAGUUACUGUUGUUACUGCUAAAGGCAUUCAAGAUGCAGCCACCGAAAAGUUAAAGGAUCUUCUAUUAGAUGGUAAAGAUAAAAAAGUAGUUGAAUAA